AUGGAGAUUCCAAAUUAUGAUUUCAAUGAAGAUGAAAAUACAAACUUCAAACAACUUUACAAGUACAUGCCCAAAUCCAAUUUCAGGAUGCUGAUCUGUGGAAAUUCAGGUUCAGGUAAAACAAAUCUGCUUUAUCACAUCCUUAUGAAACCAUUAGUCUACUACGACCAGAUCCAUUUAUACGGUAAAAUUCUGGAACAGGAAAAAUACAGAAACAUGAUAGAAACAAUGAAUAAUAUUAGUGGCCAGGUUGGAUACGACAUAAUGCAUUACAAUAAUGAUGACGUUAAACCCGUCAAUAGUCUGGAAAGUGAUUCUCAGAAAAUUGUAAUAUUCGACGAUUUCAUUUGCGAUAAAAAUCAAAAACCGCUAAUUGAUUAUUUCAUUCAAGGGCGACACAAGAAGUACCAGUUUUUUUGCAGACUUUAAGACUAAAAUACAGGAUGUUACCUUCAUGUAGAUUCUUUUUGCCUGACAUACUUAAACUUGAAAUUGUGAAUUGUAAAUGAUAUUUUCUUUCCUUGCAUUUAAUGUAUAUAUAUAUUUUCUAUAUAGUUUUUAUGUAGUGUCAGCUCGAAGAUAUUAGCUUGUUAGCUACUCUAAAAUUCGAGUUUAAAUAAAGUUUUAUGUUAUGUUAUGUAAGUGUUAUUUACCUUUCACAAUCAUUUUACAAAACUCCAAAAGAUAUCAGAUUAAACAGCAGUCAUUAUGUUAUUUAUGAUUUCCCAUGCAGUAAUGAAAGAAAUAUGAUUUCUAGAGAGUUGAAUGUAACAAAGGACCAGUAUAUUAAAGCCACAAAACAACCAUACUCAUUCCUGUAUGUUGAUAAGCCUAUGAAAACAGUCAAAAGAAACUUUCAUGGAAAUAUCUAA